CCUGGUUGCUAGGGACGCUUGGUGAGUUGGUAGCAGGAAAAGGUAGAUUACACUUCCGAGUCAAGGAAAGUAAAGCGCGACUCCACGUGAAUCGCCAAAACGGAUUCGGCCGAGGAAGUGAUCUUCGUUUUAGAAAAACCUGCACGUAGGGCCAAUGAGAUUAUCAUCAACAAGGAUAAUCGACUGGCCCUCCAGAGAGACAUUGACCAGGAAUCACAGCCCAGAGAACCGAAAAUACUUUUGUUAGCACAGGGGAUGGUAACCCUAGACAUGGUGAAAGGCGACAUGGCAGAAGCGGAUGAACGACGUGAAAAAGAGACGCUGGCGAAGGAGAAGAAACAGAAAGGUCGGAAAAACAAAGAUGCAGCCGGCUGUGAGGACGAUAAGAGCUUCAAGACGGCUAAGAAAAAGAAGGAUGAGGUAACCAAGGAAGGUUCUCUAAACACAGAGAAGAAGAAGACGAUGAAGAAGAAAAGGGAGCUUGAAGACCAGGAAGAACCUUCUGGAAAGAAAAAGAAGGAUGAGGUAACCAAGGAAGGUUCUCUAAACACAGAGAAGAAGAAGACGAUGAAGAAGAAAAGGGAGCUUGAAGACCAGGAAGAACCUUCUGGAAAGAAGCAGAAGAAGCUCAAGAAAACCAACCACAAAUCGGUUCAGUCCAAAGCAGAGGAAGAAGAAGUGUUGGCUACGAAAAAGAUCAAGUCUAAAAAGGUCAAGGCCCAGAAUCCAAGUGAGGUGAUAAAUAUAGACGAAAGUGAGGAGGAGGAGGUCGUUGUGAUGAAGAAGACGACAAAGAAGAACAAGACGGGAUCUAAAACAUCUGUGACCAAGACGAUAGCCUGUGAGGAAGAAUCCCAGGGGGUCGAUCAGAAGGCCAAGAAGAGUAGAGCGCAUUUAGAAAUGGGCAAGGACACGCUCGAAACUGUCCAUAAGAAGAAAGGAAAGCAGGAGGAAACCAAGCCUAUCAAAGGGAAGAAAGGGUCCAGUAGUGUUGUGGUCGUGGAGGAAGAUGGUCCAAAGCCAAAGAAGAAAAAGGAAAUAAAGGGGGGGAAAAGAGAGGUUUCCCUGAAGGUCGAGGUAGCCCAGGAGGUGAGCGUCGUCGACGAUAAGCAGCAGAAGAGUAAAAAAAAGAAAAAUGCUAAGGUAGACAAACAGACGGCCGUCAAGGAUAUGGCACAGAAUACGGAGACGUUUGUCUUUGUGGCCUCUGACUCGAAGGGCAAAGUAAAGGGGGGUAUGAAGGGAGCUCCAGAAGAAAUCAAAAGGAAGGCAAAGAAGGAGGAGGUAGAAGUCAGUGUGGACAAGGAGGAGAAGAAGAAGAAGAGGAGAAAGAAGAUCAAAUUGGAGGAGGAGGCCCCUCAGCCACCCCCAGAGGGGACCCCCCACAAGGAUGUGGUGUUCUUGUCGGAAAAAACUGGAAACAGGGACGAGGUGACCAUUAAUCAGGAAAGAAGACUGGCUCUACAGAUGGACAUCGACAAAGAAUCCCAUCCCCCAACGAAACCUUUGGGCUUUGGCCAGUGGGGCACGGCUCAGUUCGAGAGCACUGACAAACAGCAGAAGUUUCUGCGGUUGAUGGGCGGUUUCAAGAAGGAGGGCAACAAUGCUAGUCCCAGCGGGCCCUGCGGCGCGCGGUCCAACAUGGCCCUGGCUGGGGAGAAGCAGCAGGAUUUGCAGCAGGCCCUUCUGGGGGAGUUUGAGCGUGCGCAGUCGAGACGGGUGGAUUUUAGCGCCAGAGGUGCAGGACUCGGUUUUUCUUCCGCGCCACCCAGCAAGAAGUUUUCCAUAGACGCCAAUGCAAGUCGAUCGGUCCGCUUCGACGAUUGACGCAAUAAAAUCGACUGUAGUUGUGGUUCCAGGGACAUCAGGUGCAUGUUGUUUUUUUUAUCUUUUUGUUUUGGUCAACAUAUUUAUACUUGGAGCUCCAUAGGAUGUUAUUGAGAUAAUGCAGGAGGAAUUAUAUGAUUGACAUUAUGCAAGGAGAACUCUACAGGUCCGCUGUAAAAUCCCAGAUCCUUAAAUAAGAAAUAUAGCCUGGACAAACAAGUUGUCUUUUUAGGGUCUAGUGGUUUUAAAUUGUCUGUUUUUAGGAUAAAUAUCUAUUUGGCCGUCCACUCGAAUUUAGUGCAAGAAAUGCCUGUGAUGUACAUACCUUGUAUCCAUUAGGCAUGUGAUUCAAAGUUAAACAUUGAUAAUUUCUUCAUUACCCCGACUUGAAUAUCACAUUGUAUUUUUUUGGAAAUUGUUGACGCAAUAAACUUUGAAAAAAGGUUAA